AGUGCCUGCUUGAGACAGAACUGGUGCUGACGCCCGAUGGGUGAAGAGCUGGUGACUGUGCUACUCACCAUCCCGCAGGAUUUCCUGUACCCAAAGGCCGGAUAGAUCCGUACUCGUUUGGGCUCCUCAACCCCAGCUGUGCGGCGCACCCGCUGUCCUGUAUUUGGGGUCUUUCAGAAGACCGGGAUAAUAGGAGAAGCUCGGUAACAUGUAUAUCCUGUUUCGAUUGUUCAUCCUAAAGAAAUCAUUGGAGAUGUGUGAAAGAAGAGUGGUAUAGAUUCCAAGGACCAAACAGGAUUUCACAUACUACACUGGAAAAAAAAAAAGGAAACUUUUAAAGCAAUUUAACCUAAUAGAAAACAUAGAGGUGAUUGGUGGUACACAGACUCUUGAGAAAGUAGAACAACAUCCACAAAAUGGCAAACAAUUCCACAGAUCAUCAUCCUUCUAAUUCUGUCAAUGACGGCAGCUAUGAAGGCGACUUUGGGUGCAAUGUGCAGGAACUGCGGGACCUCAUGGAGUUGCGGAGUGGGGAGGCAGUGACUCGGAUAAUGGAAAACUAUGGUGGAGUCCCCACUAUCUGCAGAAGACUAAAGACCUCUCCAGUUGAAGGUUUGUCGGGAAAUCUUGCAGACUUGGAGAAGAGAAGACAAACAUUUGGAAAAAAUUUCAUCCCCCCGAAGAAAGCCAAAACAUUCUUGCAACUCGUAUGGGAGGCAUUGCAGAUGUAACCUUAAUCAUCCUGGAAAUUGCCAGCCAUAAUAUCUCUAGCCCUAUCCUUCUACCAUCCUGUAGGGACAGAUAAUGAAGUAUGUGGGGAAGCAGCAGGAGGAGUGGAGGAUGAGGGUGAAGCACAAGCUGGUUGGAUUGAAGGAGCGGCCAUCUUGUUCUCAGUCAUCAUUGUAGUUUUGGUAACUGCUUUUAAUGACUGGAGUAAAGAAAAGCAGUUCCGUGGCCUUCAGAGUCGAAUUGAACAAGAGCAAAAGUUCACCGUUAUCCGAAAAGGUCAAGUCAUCCAGAUUCCCGUGGCAGAACUUGUUGUCGGGGAUAUUGCACAAAUAAAAUAUGGGGAUCUCCUACCUGCAGAUGGUAUUUUGAUCCAGGGUAAUGACCUGAAAAUUGAUGAAAGCUCACUAACAGGGGAAAGUGAUCACGUGAAAAAAUCCCUUGAGAAGGAUCCCAUGCUGCUGUCUGGCACACACGUGAUGGAAGGGUCUGGGCGUAUGGUUGUUACAGCUGUUGGGGUCAACUCUCAGACUGGCAUCAUUUUUACACUUUUGGGAGCAAAUGAAGGAGAGGAAGAGAAAAAGACAAAGAAAGGUAAAAAACAAGGACCUCUAGAAAAUCGCAACAAAGCAAAAGCUCAGGAUGGUGUGGCCUUGGAGAUACAACCUCUAAAAAGUGAAGAAGGUGUAGAAAGUGAAGAAAAAGAAAAGAAAGUGGUCAAGGUUCCAAAGAAAGAGAAGUCUGUCCUACAGGGGAAGCUUACUCGAUUAGCUGUGCAGAUUGGAAAAGCAGGUCUUAUCAUGUCUGCCAUCACUGUGAUCAUUCUGGUGCUGUACUUUGUCAUUUACACCUUUGGAGUAUUGGGGCGCCCAUGGCUUGCAGAGUGCACCCCUAUCUACAUUCAGUACUUUGUUAAGUUCUUUAUAAUAGGCGUCACUGUGCUGGUGGUGGCUGUUCCUGAAGGCUUGCCCCUUGCGGUUACCAUAUCACUGGCGUACUCUGUGAAGAAAAUGAUGAAAGAUAAUAAUCUUGUGCGUCACUUGGAUGCAUGUGAAACUAUGGGCAAUGCUACAGCGAUAUGUUCUGACAAAACAGGCACUUUAACCAUGAAUCGUAUGACCGUGGUUCAGGCAUAUGUGUGUGGCACCAACUAUAGACAGAUUCCUGACCCUGAAGCACUGAACCCAAAAAUGCUGGACCUAUUAGUCAAUGGAAUAUCCAUUAACUCGGCCUAUACAUCAAAGAUCUUGCCCCCAGAAAAAGAAGGCGGUCUUCCAAGACAAGUGGGUAAUAAGACUGAAUGUUCUCUACUGGGAUUUGUUUUGGACUUAAAGCAAGAUUACCAAGCUGUUCGUAAUGAAAUUCCUGAAGAAAAACUCUAUAAAGUGUACACAUUCAAUUCAGUGCGCAAAUCCAUGAGUACAGUACUCAGCGAGUCUGGAGGUGGUUUCCGUAUGUACAGUAAAGGCGCCUCAGAAAUCGUUUUACGCAAAUGUACAAAAAUUUUGGAUCAAGGUGGUGAAGUAUGUCCAUUUAAAACUAGAGACCGGGAUGAGAUGGUGAAAAAAGUCAUUGAGCCAAUGGCCUGUGAAGGGCUUCGUACUAUUUGUUUGGCAUAUCGUGACUUCCCAGCGGGCACUGAGCCUGAUUGGGAUAAUGAAGCCGACAUCUUGUCUGACCUCACUUGUAUUGCUGUGGUGGGCAUUGAAGAUCCUGUUCGUCCAGAGGUGCCUGAGGCUAUUCAGAAGUGCCAGAGAGCAGGGAUCACUGUACGCAUGGUUACUGGUGACAAUGUAAACACAGCUCGUGCUAUUGCUACAAAGUGCGGCAUUCUGCAACCUGGAGAAGACUUCCUGUGCCUUGAGGGAAAAGAGUUCAACACACUGAUCCGAAAUGAAAAGGGAGAGGUAGAACAAGAAAAGCUGGAUAAAGUUUGGCCAAGGCUUCGCGUUCUGGCACGAUCUUCCCCCACAGACAAGCACACACUAGUGAAAGGUAUAAUUGACAGCACAGUGACAGAACGGAGACAAGUAGUGGCUGUCACGGGUGAUGGAACAAAUGAUGGACCAGCAUUAAAGAAAGCAGACGUGGGAUUUGCCAUGGGUAUAGCUGGAACAGAUGUUGCAAAGGAAGCAUCAGACAUUAUCCUGACAGAUGAUAACUUUACCAGCAUUGUAAAGGCGGUUAUGUGGGGCCGCAAUGUAUAUGAUAGCAUCUCCAAAUUUCUUCAGUUCCAGCUGACUGUUAAUGUGGUUGCUGUCAUUGUUGCUUUCACUGGAGCCUGCAUCACUCAAGACUCUCCACUGAAAGCUGUGCAGAUGCUUUGGGUGAACUUGAUCAUGGAUACAUUUGCAUCCCUUGCACUUGCCACAGAGCCUCCAACAGAAUCGCUUCUUCUACGUAGACCAUAUGGUCGUAACAAGCCACUCAUCUCGCGUACUAUGAUGAAAAACAUUUUAGGACACGCUGUCUAUCAGUUGACUAUCAUCUUUACUCUGCUCUUUGCAGGAGAGAAAUUUUUUGACAUUGACAGUGGGAGAAAUGUACCCCUGCAUUCCCCUCCUUCAGAACAUUACACUAUUGUUUUCAACACAUUUGUUUUGAUGCAACUUUUUAAUGAGAUCAACGCCCGGAAAAUCCACGGAGAACGUAAUGUUUUUGAGAACAUCUUCCGAAACCCUAUAUUUUGUGCAGUUGUCGUGGGGACUUUUGCAGCACAGAUUGUGAUUGUGGAGUUUGGAGGCAAACCAUUCAGUUGCUCUGGCUUAACUUUAUCACAGUGGUUCUGGUGCAUCUUUAUUGGACUUAGUGAGCUGUUGUGGGGCCAGUUAAUCUGCACCGUUCCCACAAGCCGACUUAAGUUUUUAAAGGAGGCAGGCCAUGGCCCUAUGAAAGAUGAUAUUCCCCAUGAGGAACUGCCAGAGGACUCUGAUGAGAUUGACCAUGCAGAAAUGGAACUCAGGAAAGGCCAGAUCUUGUGGUUCAGAGGCUUGAACAGGAUACAGACUCAGAUUAAGGUGGUCAAUGCGUUCCGCAGCUCCCUGUAUGAGGGGCUUGAAAAGCCACAGACCCGCAGUGCCAUUCAUAACUUCAUGACCCAUCCGGAGUUCACACCACAGGAGACGAGGCCUGAUCCCGAACUAACAGACAGUGACAGCGAGGGCGAGGAAUCACGUGGUCUUCUAAAAGAACAUACUGUACAGACCCACAAUCACAAUAACAACUCUUCUGCUGAAUCACGCCCAUUGGACAUCACAGUAUCACCGUCUGAAAGCCCAGUGCACAGUAUGGAGACCUCAAUUUAACACCAAAAUUAAAGACCAUUUCAGCUUGGAAUCUGGAUGAGGUCACAGCUCCUUCCCUUGCUGUCCUGUCCUUUCACCACCCUGUACCCAACAAGCUCACAACUAGCCAUCGUCAUCUCAUUCAAGAACACAGACCUGUUAAACACUAACCCAUACUAGGUACAGGCAGCCUAAAAUGCCUCAUCGCAUCAACAAUACAUAAAGCCAUAAUCACACUGAACCUGAUGUAUCAACGCUAUUUGAGAAAAAGUGUGCUUGAUGCCAGUAGCAGCCAACUAGAUCCAGCUUUCAUGUUAAAAACAGUGAAAAAUGAAAUAUGGCCUCAGAAUUGGUGCAACAAGUCCACUUUUUCUUUGAGUCUGUUCAAUUUGAGUCCCAUUGUGUGUAAGCAUCAACCAAACAUGUAGCCAUAAAGCCAUAGGCAGUCUAUAUAUAAUAUAGAUUCUUAAAAAUUUGGCUAAGCCAAAAUUCCUAUGAACACAUAACUAUAAAAUGACUUCCUAGUAAAACUAUCCCCCUACUCACUACCAUUGUCUUAGUAAUUAUAAUUGUACAUUAGGCCUGUUCUUCCUAUGUGCAACAUUAUUUGUGAUCAUUGUGUAAACAGUCUUCAGCACUACACCUUAUAAUAGAACCAUGAAGAAAUGUAUUUAUUUGAUACAUAUAAUGUCUUAAACACAUACAUUUUCACACAUAGCGCUAUGUUUAAUUAAUUUGAAGAGUUUUUAGGUUUCUAAAAUUUGGUCAUAUAUUCACCUUUACAUCUAUUACACAGGCGCUUGGUACUGAUGUCAUAAUCACAGCGCAUGUGAGUUUUUACGCUUUUAACUCCCUUUGUUUCCCUUUGUCUUGUGUGUUUGCAUGUUUGACCUGUUCCCUGUCCCGUUGCUCCCUUUAUAUCCUAUAUAUCCUGCUUGUUCUUCUCCUACCCUGUUUGUCAGAAUCCAAAGGUGCCACUUAAAAAGGAAGCUGAUCUUAGGAUUUUAUUUCCAACCAAAGUGUGCCACCCAUUAUUGCUUCACCCAGGCACAGCACCCAAUGCACCUGUCUUCCACCUGUAGGACUGCAUUACCCCACAGCUUCUCUACCCCCAGACUGUGUGAAGCUGUGAACUUUUGCAGCAUGCCAACUGCCAGAUAUCUCCCAAUACCAAGGAGUAAAAACUGUGCCAUUCUGCCAGUUUAGCUGGUGUUUGUACCCCCUGAAGUUCUGAUCCUGAAACCUGGAGGUCACCAAACUCUGUAGAGUGUUCCAGGGUGUGUUAAUGGAAGGAGGGCUACACUGCCGUAGAAAAAAAAAAAAAGCAUGUGUGUAAUAAAGAUACAGUAUAUAGACAUGUGAUUACACAUACAUACACGAACAUUGGUACGUUUACAAUCACUGUUCCUGAAUGAGGGCUAAUGAAUUUUUGGAGUUUUGCACUGCUGCUGACCUUGCUCUACUGCCUAGAAAUGCAAGCUAUGGUGGAACACAGUAUUCAAAAUGGAAUAGUUGGGCUGUGCACUACCAUAAUAACACAUAGUACAGCAGGGCAAUGUUUUUUCAUGAGACUGGCACCGCUCUUUAUCAGAAUGAAAACAAACCAGUGUUGGCCACAAUUUACGUGCAUUAAAGAAGCAUGGAUAUUAUGCAUUGCGGAGGUAACCUGGCUAUUAACACUGCCUUUUACCUAUGCAUGUGAUGGUGGCAAAAUUUCCACAUUCACAAGUACAAGAAAAAAAUAUAAUUGCUUCAACAGAGCAUACUAUCCAUUUGCUAAGUUGUGUCCACCUCCAUCACUCCUUUUUUUCACUGCCAGAAGGGGUUUACAACUAGCAAUGUAGGGGAAGAAAACCCUUCCCUGCACUGGUGUGAGUGGAUUUCUUUUCCCUUUCUUGUGCCUUCUUAUAGUUCCUGCACAACUCCUAGUUUUUAAGUGUUCCUUAUAAAGGGAAGUGUUUUUAAGAUCUCCCCCGGCCUCCCUCUGCAGCCUCUGACACUUCUUCCUUCUCAAGUUAGUCAAUGUCACGGUCCCACCUACCUGUUCAGGAAUGGAAUUUUUCUGGGAGAAUUUUAGCUCUUGGUACAUGCAUUAGUCAGGUGUGGGGAUCGAAUGAAUGUUUGUCUAAUGCGGUGCAAUCAUUCCAGUAAGCAAUUUUUCUCUCACAAGCACUGCACAUAGUAUAUUAAAUCAGUUUUGUCAGUUGUCCGUUGGCUAAGUAAGUGCAAGGAAGAAAUCUAUUGAUUUGAAUCGACGUUCUAAGCACUAUUAAUGAAAUCCUAAGUGUUCAACUUUGAUGCUUUUUGCUCAGACAAGAUCUGUAAUAUAUUGCAAAAUACUAAUUCAGUUUUACAUAUUUAACAAAGAAUGUGUAUACUGGCAGCUAAUGGGGUUCAUUGACAGUGUUUUAAUACAUAAGAAAAGAUCUAAUGUUUUUCAUUGUAUUGCCAAAAAGAACUGCAUUUGGAAUGUGCACAUUGAUGGACACCGUAGUACUGUUAACCCCUUAUAAACCUUUCUUUUUUUUGCUGUACAUUGCAGUUACGUUAUUGAAUUAGCUUCUGGGGAAGUGAUAUAGGUAGCCUAAUAGUAAAGAUUUGCAAGCCAUCUUGAAGCUGCUUGGCUUAGUUGUAAAAUGAUUCUAGACAAUGGAACGCUCAUUGCAUUUCUUUUUUUAAUUUUUUUUUAUUUGAUUUGAUGUUUUUUAUGCUUUCGGGAGAAAAAAAAGAUUUAAAAAAGGCUAUGAAUUUGUUAUGCAGAAAUGCUGGUUUGUUAAUUAAGAGAACCAGUAAAGCUUUAGUGCUGUGUGCACAAUAGAUGAGGAUCCAAGGCCAAUCCCAGAAGGGGCAAUGCUAGUCUCAUGACCAGCAGCUAGAUCGUGGUUCAAAAGCCAAUAGUGUAUUUUUGAUUUCUCACACCACUGGCAGCUCAGUGCUCUGUAGGCAUGGAGCUGUCCUACAGAAAUGUGUUUUUAUACAUGCAUAUAUAUAGAUAUAUAAAUAUAUAAAUUAUGUUCAUAUAUGGCAGGGCGUUCUGUAGUGUAUGCUUUAUAUGUGCUGAUGUUUUCUUAUGUAAAAUAGGUUUUUCUAUUUUCUUUUCAUGUUGCGUACACAACAGAGAUCCUGAAUUUUUAUUUCUUUUUUUUCUUUGUUGGGGAGACUAUAAAGCAUACAGUUAUGGGAGAGUUUUUUCUGUCAUUUUUAUAUAUGUUAAUUCCUUCAUUGCCAGGGACAAUUUGACAAAUGCUGUUAGAGUGUACAGCAGAUGUCUCUUGGCAGUGAAAAGCUUAGCCAUAUGAAAGGUAGUCUUACAAACUAAGUGCUGUGUUGGACAAGGAAAAGAGGAGGAAUGUGUAGGGCAUUUGGAGGUGUACAUGGAGAGUGUUUUGCAGCAGCUGCAUAUUGGGUGCAAAAUUUCCACCAGAAUCCGUUAACAUUCCAAAUACCUCCUGUAUGGAUUGGAUUCCCAGUGCUGGCAAAUGAAAUCACAACAUGUAACAGGCAGAGCAGGGCAUUUUUUUUUACAAUGAAAGGGGUUUUUGAAUGGCUGCUAAUUUUACAGCCUUAGUCCUAAUUUGACAACUAAAAGAAUAGUAACAUUUACUUCAAAUUCACAAUAAUCAGUAGCUGCUAUUUGAAUAAUGCUGUGAUGGUAUACAGUGAUGGAGUCUAUUAGCCUGAACAUCAGAGGCCCAUUGAGCUAUACCGUGGUCCUUUCACAACAGAAUGAAGUUAAUGGCAUUUGUUUAAAAUGACCCACUCACAACAGACAAAAAAUAAAUGUACAGUUCUGCUUUCUAUAAUGUAUGCCGUCUGAGGUAUUGCUCAGUUUUAUUUAAUGCUACCUAUUCCUGGAUAAAUAACAUGAAGUUAAUGUGGCAUUGCAUGCAUUGUGUAGCAGCAUAUGAUUUACAAAUGUGUUAUGUCCCCAGUUAAUUUUCACAUAGAACAUCACAAAAGUAAUAUGUAAUGCAUAAAUGUGUGAACAGAUGGGCGCUCAAUAUAUACAGUAUAUCUUGGUUACUGACAGCUAGUGUUUCUGACCUGUUCAUGUUUGAGAAAUUUGCCGCUAAUACCAAUUUUAUACUUUGUCUUCUGCUAUAAAAUCGACUGAGUCUUUCAUCAUCGGACAAAAUAGAGCGGAUAGUUGUAAUAAAUUAUAAUAGGUAAAAUCUGAUGCAUUUGUAUUGAAAUUAUUCUACAUCAUAAUGGUCUCAUAAAAUUAAAAUGCAGCUCACAGAACUUUAGGAUUGUGGCCACAUACACUCUAUUCCCCUAUAUUCUCCAUUGUCCUUAAUAUAGACAUAUGUUCUACAAGUCUUUCACAAAUCUUGUAAACAUUUAUCUGUCGCCCGGAAAGAGCAUGCCUUAUUAAACUUGGGUUUUCU